UCGCUGCUCAUUUGUUUUCAUAAACGCACUAAAACGAGGCGUCGUGACAUUAGCCUCAGUGCUAUUAUUUACUUUUUAUAUUUUUGUUAAUAAGUGCGUUUUUUUUUAUACAUUUAUGUGAUGACAGUCGAUGUUUAGAAUUUUAUCUUUUUAUUACGAUGUUAAUUUUAAGUUUGACGUUAACAAAUUUAAUGGCCUUGGUGUAAAAUACUAUGUAAUUAAUCUUUUAUUUCUGUAUCAAUGUGUGCAUUUUUAUUAAAAAUGAAAAUACAGAAAACGCCAUUAUAACACUAUACGCAAUCCUGUGGUGUGCCUGGCCAUGGCCAUGGAUAGGGCCGACCGUCUAGCCCGAAGUUUGGAAUUAGAAAAGGCAUACGUUCACGACGCAUAUCAAGAUAUGUACCAACCCACUACACAUAAGACUAAACCGUGGCCGAAAGUCACCCAAUUUUUACAUGAUUUAGAGCCUGGGUCACUAGUAUGCGAUAUCGGCUGUGGUACAGGCAAAUAUCUAUCAACUAACCCGAAUGUAUUCAAAGUCGGUGUUGAUCGUUGUAUGCGAUUAACCGAAAUAGCUAGAAGUCAAGGUAGCGAAGUUUUAGUUUGCGACAAUCUAACUUUACCAUUUAAAGAUUGUAGCUUAGAUGCUAUUCUAUCUAUCGCUGUUAUCCAUCAUUUUUCUACUGCAGAAAGAAGAGUGUGUGCUUUACGUGAAUUAGCCAGGGUAUUAAGAAUUGGUGGCCGUAUUAUAAUAACCGUUUGGGCUAUGGAACGCCGUCAUAGAACAUUUGAAUCUCAAGAUUUAUUGAUGCCAUGGUAUAAGCCUUGUAGAAAUAUAGACAGCGAAUCAACAGAAUUUUCUACUACAACUACUACCUCAGACGAUGAAUAUACCAGUAUGAGAAAAAAAUCUAACUCGGAAUCAAUAACAAGCACAAUGUUAUGUUAUGAAGGAAAGAGUAAACGUAAAGAAAAAUCGGACUGGAAAAGGGGUAUCACAAGUUCACCAAGUAGUUCCAGUUUAUCAAGUCCAGCCAAUGAAACUUGCUAUAGUUUCGUAAGAAAAGCAAUACAGAAGCUUGCCGGUUCAGGUAAACGAGGUAAAGUGACGUCUAAGCCAUGGUUUGUGGGUUCUUGGUCAUCUAUUUAUGGAAUUGAAUCACCUCCAAUAUUGCGAUCGGAUCCAGAAGGAUGUGAAACUUGUAUUGAGGAUGUACAACAUAUUCCCAUAGAACUCAGAAGAAUGGAAGAUUCGCCGGAUCUUGUACCGCAUUUUAAAAAAUCUGCUCAAAAAUCUAAAAGCUUAGAAACUAUUUCAAACGAUACAGAACGGCUUAGUAUGAUUCGAUCAAAAUCAAGUAUACCUGUACUUGAAAAGUCAAUACCAACUACGUUAACAAAACCAAAAUUAGUAAAACAAAAACAAUCUUUAUGCGAUGAAGAUGCUGAAGAAGAUAGAGAUAAAGCUACUGAUAUGAAAGACUUAGUAAAAAAAAUGCCACAAUUUGAUGUAGGGAGUGGUUCAAAAAGGUAUAGAUAUAAAAGUAAUGAAAUCAAACAAAGAUCUAUGAAUGAAGAGCUUAUGUCUGUUGAACGACUUAAAGAAAAGGAAAUUGUUCAAAAAAAUAUUCAAAGACAAGCUUCAUUGAAUGAAGAACUUAUGUACAAAACUCGUACACUAGAAUCUAUAAAAGACACAUUACAAUUGCUCAAAACAGGAUUUACUAAGACCUUCAAAAAUCCAUCAAGUCAAGUGUCUGGUAAUAUAAAGAGUGGCCUAAGUAGAAUGUUAGGAUAUAAAGAAGGUAGUGAAAAAAUUAAUAACGAAAAAAAAAUAGAGGCACCUGUUCCCGCUUUGGUGACAACAACAUGUUGUGAUAAAAGAAGGAGUUCUCGUGAAGAUGGUUCUUCUGAAGAUUCUUCCAAAGAUAGUUUACAAAGUGAUGCUAGUGUUGAUUCAGAGGAUAGUUUAAGUAGUUUAGCAUCAGUUAUUUUUGUAAAUGCUACCAUUGGGUCUGACAAAACAUGUUCUCCGCCGUUGGUUGACCAACAAGCUCGAACUGCUCCUUGUACACCAACAGCUAAGUCAUAUAAUCAGUACAGGUCAUCAUCUCAUCCUAAUACACCAAAAACCAGUCUAGUUCAUCCAUCUCAUUUCAAAUUGCCCUCUCGAUUCAAUUCUCAAAAUAGCAAUGAAUCAUAUCAACUAAAUUUGUCAUCAGAUCAAACAAAUGAUGAUAUUUUACAGCCAAUUAAAUUAUCUCCCGUUAAAACUGCAAUUGAAAUGAAACUUAAAAGAGAACAAGAAAAAGAUCAAGAGGUUGGACAAAGAGAUCACGUUUGUGAAGGAGGUGAUAGGAACAUACAACCCAAAGAAAGAAUAAGCGCAGAAAGGUUAAAACAAAUCCAAGACUUAUUACUAAAUAAAACACCUGUAAGUAAUCGAAAUCGAUUACCUAAAGCAGAUCGAACAUUUUCUGGCUUAAGAGGAAGACACUUUAUAAAAACAUUGGAAGAAACGUUUAAUCCUGAAAUAGAUGACGUGGACAGUGAUGCUGAAUCUUCGUCCUCCGACUCAGUCAGCAGUGUUAUAAGUGUUGUGGUUGACGAAGAACGCAAGACAGCAGACAUUCAAGAAGUUCUUAUUAAUGAUAUCGUUGAAACUAACAAUGGCAAGAUUGUUAAUGUAGAAAAAUGUGCAGACCAAACAGAUAAUAAUCCAAACACAAAUCUUACUCGAAUAGAUCAUAAUUGUGUAUCAAUAGAAAAUAAUGAUGGAAAUGGCGAUCGAUCAAAUCCAACUAACAGGUGGAGUCUUCAAGAACAUCCCAACAAAGGCACUCCGGUUCGAAACAGUCCGAGUCUAGGAUCUAUUCCAAAACACAAAAAAACUAAUAAAUGUUCAAAAGAUGAACUAUCGGAUUUACCGGAAACAUGGGACGAAGAAUGUCAAAAACAUUUAGCUGAUUUCGCAGAAAGGUUGAAUAAAAAAUUGAAGGCUGAAAUAGAUAGUGAAACAAAAGAAAGUAAAAAAUUGUUGCAUGAAGAUGAUAUGCCAAGCAUACCAGAAAUUGUAACAACACCGGAACCUUGUGGCUCUGAACAAUUAUCAUUACAUCAAACAGAAGACCUAUCAGAACUAUCUUCAGAAGGACAACCCGAAGACGAUUCAUUAGAUUACCAUCGCAUUGAAAUAUUAGCUGGAUCUGAAGUUCCUCGUCGGCCUAGUAUUUCAAUAGAAACACAAGAAUCGGUCGACAAAGUGUUUCGGAGUCGAGAAGGAUUCAGAUCACGACAUUAUCGUCAGUCUAUUGACUCAGCCGAAGAAGGUCGUCGUGCAUCACUUGAAUUAGAGAAUGAUUCAAAACGAGAUACAGUAUCUAGCAGUCAAGCUUCCCUUCUUCGUCCUGGCAACUCAUUAGAGUCAAACGAUACAGCUGACACACAUACUACAACACAGAGUAUGACUUCUCUCACGUCAUGGAGUGAUUGUAGCAAAGAUACUAGAUUUGCAGAUAGACGACAAGCUCGAUGUGACGGUCGAUCUUCCUCCGAAGAAACGGAUCCCCGACGGACAGCCGUACUUGUUCGGCAGCACGCAGCUAUUGAACCACAAGAAACGCUUAAAAGUGACGACACUAGUCUUUCCACCUCACAAGAAUCAUUGUCUGAAAAUAAUGGUGGUUCAAUAACUUUUCACCGCUAUUAUCAUGUAUUCAAAGAAGGUGAACUUGACCAAUUGAUUGAAAAGUAUGCUGAUAAUUUACACAUAAUAUCUUCCUAUUAUGAUCAGUCCAACUGGUGUGUAGUUGCUGAAAAAGUACAAGUAUGGACUAUAUAGAAAUAAUAAAAUCCCUAUAAUUGUGCAAACUUAUCAAAAAAAAAAAAAAGUAAGACUUUCUUUUUAACUAAAAUAAUGUAUGUCAAUGAUUUUAUUUCUUAAAUUUUAGAUAAAAAGAAAAUUUUUCAAAUGAUUAUUAACUAAUGGAAUUAAUAAUGUAAUUACAAAUUUUAUUUCUUGGUAUAUUUUGAAAUUUUAAUGUUAUGAUAUUGACAUAUUCUUAUUUAAGUGAAACAGUUUCAACUCCGUGUCAAAUAGUAGUGUAUAACUUAAAAGUAUUCAAUAUUUAUCUAUUAUAAGUGUGGUAACAAAAAUAAUAUUCAUUUUUAAAUAACUGUUAAUUUUAAAUUCAAGUAAUCAAAAGAAACUGUUUGUUUUCAAAAUAAAAUAAGUUAAAAUAGGUGCUAAUAUAUGUUUAAUUUUAAACUCAAUCGUUCAAAUUGACUGAUAUCGAAUAAAAAAAUUAUCAUAAUAGUUAAUAUGAAUUACUAAAAUUAACUUUUAUUGAUAUAACAAUUUUUCACGUAGCGAUAUUAUUUAAAAAGAUAAUUUUCAGUACAAAACUAAUAAUAAAUAACAAAGUCACAAAAUGAUUGAUAAUAUUUAGUUGAAAAAAUCAACAUUUUCAAGAAUAAUAACAUUUAUCUAGUAUAUAAUGUAUUCAAUAUUUUUAUAAAUGAACAUUAAUAUUUUUAUGUUAAUGCUUUAUGACAACUUUUCAUUAAUUUAUAGAACAUCUUUUUUAUAUAAUAAAUCAUUGAUUCAAAGCGUAGUUAAAACUAAUAUACUUUGAAUAGUUUUUAUUUUAGAUUAUAAAAGAACUAUUUAAAACAUGAUACUGAUCUUUUUUAUGGGCCAAACCAUUUCUUAAAUCUUUUUAUACAUUAUUGUUUAGUGUUAUAUUGUUUCAUAAUUUUUACUGUGAAAUAAAAACUAUAUAAGCUUGCGGAAUUUACAAAAAAUUCAUGUCGUUACUAUAAAAUUUAUUACCAAAUACUUUUCAUUAUUUAAAAUUAUUUGAAAAAAUUUAUUUGAAUAUAUAAGUCUUCCAAAUUAAAUAAUUAGAUCUGUUCUUUUAAAAUGUUUUCCAAAUAAUGGAAUUUCUUUUAAAGGUUCAAUAUAAAAAGUAAAGAAUCAAGUUGUGUAAAUUUAUGUU